CGUUUCAAAAUUCACAUUUUCUUCACUGAUGCAUGUGAUGUCAACACGUACAAACUGGUGUUAAAUAUUAACUUUAUAAGCAAUAAUAAUAGGGUUUUGAGCUUUCUGAUCAAUUGAAAAUGACCCGGAAUAUAUUUAGUCAAACACUAUUUUAAAAAAAUUAAUAAAAAAAAGCGUUAUUAGCAUUUUAUCUCCACACACUAACAUCUUUGGAAUAAUUUAACAAAUAAUCCUAAUCAUAAUUAGAUGCUGCCUAAUAUAGUUUUAAAGAUUGCUUUAUUCUGAAAUUCAAUGUGGACUCAGCAUUAUGUGUCAGACAGGAAACUUCCAGAAAAAGCAGGAAACAUCAGGUGAAUUCAGGCAUAUGUAAAAACAGCUCCUCCCAGUGGAGAGGUGUGGUAAUGACUGGAAAGUUCCUGAAGACUCUGGAGCUCCUCCAGUUAGAAUAUAAAAGCGUGGACUGUCCCACAGCUGAGACAGAAGACAACACAAGAAGAACAGACACUUUAACAGUGUUUCAUCUCACAACAAGAAGAAUCAACUCCAAACCCACACUGAAGAUGCUGUGCUCUCGUGGAUUCCAGUCUGGCCUCAGUCCACUCAUGCUCGUCCACUGGCCUGUGCGCAGUCUGUGGCCAGAGGUUAGACCUCAGCUCUACCAGCAGCAUCUACUGCAGAGACACCUGCAGGAGCUGAGCAGCAGUCUGGAGCUGAUGGACACACUUCAACAGCAGAUCCUGGAGGAGGAGGAGAAGAAGAAGAAGUCUGUCCAAAGCAGUGAGACCAUGCAGCCAGUUUCCUUCCAGCUGGAGAAACAUGGAGACAACUUUGGCCUGAUCCUGAACGCUGAAGGCUUUUCUCCAGAGGAGCUGUCUGUCAGGCAGGUGGGCAGGAAGCUGAGAGUCAGCGGCAAGACGGAGAAGAAGCAGGAGGACGGGAACGGCUCCUACUCUUACAGAUUCCAGGAGUUCAGGCAGGAGUUUGAUCUGCCUGAAGGUGUGAACCCUGAAGCCGUCACCUGCUGCCUGAGUCCAGACGGGAAGCUCCACAUCCAGGCAGCCAGAGCUCCAUGUGCUGAGGAGGCUGAGAGAGAGCUGAGCAUCCAGAGGAGCACGGAGGAGAAAACACAGCAGAGUGAGUCUUCACACACAGAAGACAACAACAGCAACAGCAGCAGCUCUGAGACACACGACAGCAGCACACAGGACAAACCUGGACACAUGGACUGAUCACAGUGUUACUGUGUCUCUGUCAAACAUCAUGUUUUCAUACUAACGUUACAUAUUGAUGGUGAUGGGGAAUUAUGAUUCUCUGUAUUAAUGAGUAAAUAAGUAAAAUAAUUAUAUGUAAAUCAACGCAAUUGAAGUGAAACUGUUUUUUAAAUU